ACACUUUGGGAGGAGCUAAGGGUUCGUUCCCUCUUGUUUCGCACCUUGCGAAAGUCGAGGUCCUUCGAAAGGGAAAUAUAGUGCGAAAAGGUGAGUUAAUGAAUACACGGGAUGGAUGCAAUAAAUGUGGAAAGACUUAAUGCGAACGCGCUUGCCAGUCGCUUUGGAACCCUUCUGUCAUCGGCUUGGUGAUUGUCUGUCUGUGCGCGACCGUGUGGGUGCGUAGUCUAUAGGUAGUAUGGCGUGCGUAAUUUUGAUGUGGUAGAAGCUGGCGGUGAAUAUUGCUCCGGAUUACUUAAUGUAAGGUAUACUACUUGGCUGAAAGACACCGUUUAAAACGCAUAUGUACUUUGUCACAGGAAUUCAAUAGCUUGCAAGCAGAUUAAUGGAUUGAAAGUGCAACAUAAAUUGAAUCUGGACCAAUUACGCAUAGACCUGACACCGGCAACUCCACUGACAUCAGUUCAGAAUCGCACAAGAAAGACACGCAGAAUUUCUGUCAAUUUUUACCACUAUUGGGAAGCAACUAUUUGUCUUGGAAGGACUCAACUAAUCUUGGUUUAUUUCUCAAUGGCACGGAGUGACUUCUAGUAACAUGUUAGUCGGAUGGCUUUAUGAAUCCACGUUUUUCAUCUACAUCGCAGGCUGUUCGAUGACCCUUAAUAUUACUGAGUUACUCGGUGUGUUUCACCUUUGACUAAUGUGGAAGUACAGUCCUCAGGAGUGUGACCAGCUGAGAACCAGGCAUCAAUGAACAUGAGUCCCACUGACUCAUCAAACGGCACAGGGGAGGGGGCGGCCACGGAGGGGGCCACGGAGACCGUGAGCUACCACUGGAUACCGGUUCCGGGUAACUCCAGCAUAGACUUCCACAGACCCGAUUUCGGCUCGGACAUCACCAAACACCUGGGGGUCCAGAUCGUCCUGAUCCUGGCCUACUCGCUCAUCAUCCUCCUGGGGCUGCUGGGGAACUCGCUGGUCGUCUACAUGAUCAUCCGCUACAAGAACAUGCGCACCGUCACCAACUUCUUCAUCGCCAACCUGGCCCUGGCGGACCUGCUGGUGGACACCCUGUGCCUGCCCUUCACCCUGGUCUACACGCUGCUGGACGAGUGGAAGUUCGGCGCCGUGCUGUGCCACAUGGUGCCCUACGCCCAGGCUCUCAGCGUGCACGUGUCCAUCCUGACCAUGGCCAUCAUCGCGCUGGAGCGCUACCGCUGCAUCGUCUUCCACCUGGGCCAGCGGCUCACCUGGCGCACCAGCUUCCUCAUCAUGGCCCUCACCUGGGCCAUCUCGGCCGUGCUGGCCGCGCCGCUGGCCAUCUUCCGGGAGUACCGCUACGAGGAGAUACCCUCCAUCGACCUGCGCAUCGCUGUGUGCUCCGAGAAGUGGCCGCACGGCACCGGCCGCGACGGCGUCAUCUACAGCCUGGCUAUGCUGCUGCUGCAGUUCAUCCUGCCACUGGCCGUCAUCAGCUACGCCUACGUCUGCAUCUGGCUGAAGCUCAAGAACCACGUGAGCCCGGCCACCCACAGCGAGAGCCUGCGCCGCCGCAGGAAGACCACAAAGAUGCUGGCCCUGGUGGUGGUGGUGUUCGCCACGUGCUGGCUGCCCUUCCACGUGUUCCAGCUGGCCAGCGACCUGGACCUGGUGCUGCGCUUCAAGGAGUACAAGCUCCUCUACACGCUGUUCCACAUCGUGGCCAUGUGCUCCACCUUCACCAACCCCGUGCUGUACGGCUGGAUGAACAAGAACUACAGGAACGGCUUCCUCAUGGUGUUCCGGUGCACGGACAAGCCGGAGAGCUUCCACACGGAGGGAUCCUUCAGGACGCGGUCGCUGCGGCGGCUCACUAUGAGCAGCCGUCACUGCGCCCACCAUCCCACCCCGGUGUGAGGGGUCCAGGCGUUGGGCCGUUCCCCCGUCGUUGUAAAGGAAAGACAGACCUCAUGGCAUUUUGUGAUUUUCAGUUCAUCUGCAAAAAUGUAUGACCGUAACAUUUUGUUCUGAACACCACAAUGUUAACUGAGAACAUCUUGCAUGUGUAUAUUUUUUGAAUGCUGCAUUCUUUGUAAAGAAAUGUAUUAAUCUGUGAAAUAUGUUUGUAUGAGGUAUGCUAUUGUUUUUAUUUUUUUAAGGAUUAAGGGGACAUUUAAUCUUAUAAAUUGCGUUUAUACAUGUCCAUAAGAGGCUGUAACACUGUGCGGACCGACCGUAGUGGACAUAUGAAUUAUUUGUGUAUGAAAAACUAAACUCCUUCUCUUCUGUACUGGUUGAUGUAUUUUCAACUAUGACAACACAAUAAUGAACUAAACAGUAAUGAGUCAUGGGGGAGCAAAGAGCUCUCAAUGCCACUAUCAGCAAACGAUGUAAUAAAACACAUUUGUAUUCAAUGACAACCAAGUAACGACAUGCAAGUAUUGACUCGUUGUUGUAGUAUGUGUCUUUGUUUGUGUAAUUGAGAACCAUCAAAUAAGUAGUAGGUUGUUUAUAUUUCAUGUCGGUUAACAGUAUGAAAAAAUUUACAUGAAGUUUGC